UGCUUGCUUGGAAUUACACCUGUGUAACGAUGGUUCUCAGAGUGCUGAGGGUUUGCUGCUCAUGCUAUAAGCAUGGCUGAGAGUCCUGAGCACAGCCUCUGUUAGGAUGUAAAUGUAGAGGAACUUGUAGAACAGGGCACUGGCACCACAGAGUCGUGAUGGCGCUUUACCAGGAACCUCGGCUCUUGGACUUCACAAAGACUCCUCCGCACCUGCAGUUCAACAAGUAUGUCCUGACGGGAUACCGGCCUGUGUCCACAGCUGGAGAGUGUCUCAGGAGCCUCUUCUACAUGCACAAUGAGCUGGGGAACAUUUACACUCAUGGCAUUCCCUUCCUCCUUUUCUUGGUGCUGCUGCCUUACAGUAUCCCCUGGAUGGAGGUGGACAGCACUUGGAUAUGUGUAGCCCACUAUCUGGCCUGCCUCUGCCCCACCAUCGGCUCAGUGCUCUACCAUUUGUUUAUGAACCACAUCGGAGGUCAGCACGUUUACAACACUCUGCUCUCCCUGGACAUGGUUGGGGUCUGCCUCGUUAACACUCUGGGAGCUCUUCCCAUUAUUUACAUCACCCUCCUCUGCUACCCCACUGUCCGACAGACUGCCUUGCUGGCCUACAUCCUGCUGUCAGCCUACGCAAUCUACUGUGCCACCACAGCACACACAAACUUCCUGCGUCUACGGGCAUUUGUCUGGCAGGUCUUGUUCCGCUUGAGCCUCUUCCUGUUCCGGGUUUAUGGAACCGGGGUGGGCAGCCCAGACUCCCUGCGCCUCUUUGUCAUCAUGGACACUCUGGCCGCGCUGGGGGGACUGGUUAACGUCAUCCAGAUCCCCGAGCGCUUCAGCCCCGGCCUGUUCGACAACUGGGGCAACAGCCACCAGAUCAUGCACGUCAUGGUGGUCUGCUCGAUUAUCUACCUGCACUGGGGCACUAUGGAGGAUUUAGCCUGGAUUAGGAACUUCCAGUGUCCUGCUGAGUGAUGCAGAAGCUCACACGGUAGCUCUGACCCAGGCCAUUUCAAAAUGCACUUCAAUACUAGCUGCUCAAACUCUUUUCAGCAGAAGUUCAUAAUGCCAGAGAAAAAUAAGAGGAACCAACAGCAAUGUUACCAAACUCUGAUAUCGCUUUAUCAGAUUAAAAUCCUGAGCAUACUUGAUUCAUAGUUUGCUGAUUCGCAGUAGUUUGUGGGUUAUGACCAAUAAUAAGAAAAGAACAGUCUGCAAACUUGCAAUGCACAAUAAAGUAUAUAUUUUUAUA